CCGAGGCGAUGCACAACGUCAAUGGUAUCACCAACUUUGUUCUUCUCUGCAGGCAUAACUUCUUGGCAGAUGCGGAUAGCCUCUCCACGCACAUCUUCAUUCUCCACCUCUGGCACGCCGUAGAGUCUCAGGUUCCAUCUUCUUGUGUAUUGUUUCAGAUCAGUGAGACGUCUAUGGUAGACAUUGUUUUUCUUUUCCACACUUUUUUCAACUUUUGCCACUCUCAUUUUCACAUCCUUGAUAUCACCACAUGCAAACUCCAGUCUUUUUCAAACUUUCGAUAACCAUGGUGUUUGCGCCUACCAUUUUCUCAAUGGCGUCAGACCUGGAGUUGAUGAGUUGGCAUCAUGUCUCAGAAGCAGAUAUAUUACUCUGACAAAUACGAUGACGAGAAAUUCGAGUAUAGGCACGUGAUGCUGCCCAAGGACAUUGCCAAGCGUGUGCCCAAGACCCAUCUGAUGUCAGAGACUGAGUGGAGGAACCUUGGCGUCCAGCAGAGUCAAGGCUGGAUACACUACAUGAUCCAUCAACCAGAGCCCCACAUCUUGCUGUUCCGUCGUCCACUGCCUGCAGCCUGAUCUCUCGGACAGAGGGUGAGAGAGAACCCAUAGGGAAGAUGAUAAGAGAGUGGCUGGAGAUGGUUGAACACAACUCAGUUGGAUGGAUAAAGACUAUUUUGUAAAUACUGCAUCGUAUACACUGCAGUUGAGCCAGAGUCGAGCUCCAACCCACUGCCUCACUCACUGUAAAGCCUUUCAUAUUUCCUCUGGACCUGCUUGGAACCCUUUCAUAUUUUUCUCUAUAUGUACUAGCUUGAUAAUGUUGUCAAUGUGUGCAUCUGGGAAGAAAAGGAACAUCUGUGGAGGUAGCAACACAUUUUCAUUAUUCUAAACUUUAACCCACUAUACCUGCUGUGAGUUGACUAACAUAUCUAAUUUUAAGGCAGAUAGUAAGAUGGUAAAUGUUAAAAUGUAGGGGGCAGCAUUUUGGCAGCACAAAUGUGCAGGGAUGUUACCGAAAUUACUGAUCAUAUACCUGUUAUGGCACUUGAUUCAAAACUUAUUUUGAAUACCGCAGAUUGCAUCAAGUGUAUGCACUCUUACACUGUACAAAUGAUAGCCCUCUGGAUAUUGUAAAAAAAAUAUAAUUUUUUAUUUUUUUUUUUAAUUUUUUACAAAUCGUGUCGUGCUGCAGUUAUACUGUAGACUGUCUGCAGGUUUUAGAGCUGUCAAAAUGGGACCCAAUAUCUUCGUUGCCAUAUCUAUGAUUGUACAAAUCAGCUGCUCAGUUUAUGAAUUCUUGUACACCAGAAAUGUUUUUAUUUGAAAUUCUUCAGAUUGUGAUGUAGUUCUGCACUUUUAAACCUUUACAUUUUGCCGUUUUGCUUAUAGUGGUGUUAAAAGUGGGUUUGUAGAUGGAUAGAUUACAUGUCAAAAGUUUGUACACCUAUUCAUUCAAGGGUUUUGAUUUAUUUGAACUAUUUUAUACAUUGUAGAAUAAUAGUGAAGACAACUAUGGAAUCAUGUAGUGCUCAAAGUGUUAAACAAAUCAAAAUAUAUUUUAGAUUCUUCAAAGUAGCCACCCUUUGCCUGGACAGCUUUGCACACUCUUGGCAUUCUUUCAACCAG